AUGAAGUUCAAGCCCACCCAGACCGCGAGGGCUUCAAGAGGGCUUCAAGAAGCAGCGGCGAGCCUGUGCUUCUGCGGCGAGCAGGAGCACCAGGUGUUGCUGGUGAGCAGCGACCAGUGGAUUGUUCCAGGAGGGGGAAUGGAGCCUGAAGAGGAGCCUGGCGGUGUUGCUGUGAGGGAAGUUUAUGAAGAGGCUGGAGUCAAAGGAAAAUUAGGAAGACUCCUUGGCAUAUUUGAGCAGAAUCAAGACCGAAAGCACAGAACAUAUGUUUAUGUUCUUACAGUCACUGAAAUAUUAGAAGAUUGGGAAGACUCUGUUAAUAUAGAAAGGAAGAGAGACUGGUUCAAAGUAGAAGAUGCCAUCAAAGUUCUCCAGGGUCAUAAACCUGUCCAUGCAGAAUAUCUGGAAAAACUGAAGCUGGGUUGUUCUCCAGCCAAUGGAAACUCCACAGUUGCCUCCCUUCCAGAUAACAAUGCUUUGUUUGUGACUGCUGCACAGACCUCUGGGGUGCCGUCUAGUGUAAGAUAGAGAGAAUGGGGAACCCUCCCCUCCCAGGUCCUGUCACUUUCCUUGUCCCACAUCUGAAUGCUGCUGGCAGACCUUCUGAAUUUGCCAUGCAGGGAUUUCAGUUUGCAUGUAUUUUUAAGCAACAAGACUGUAAAAAUAGUGUAAGAAGCCAAAGCCAUGUGGAAUUUUUUUAAUGCCUUAAUUGCACCCUCUAUAUUAUUUGUUUUUUUUUUU